AUGCCUGACAAUUAUGAUGUCCCUAUGGAUGACCCCAUCAUUGAGGAGCCUGCACUGGCUCCUCCCCAACCCUCUGCCAUAGCCCUCAGCAAGCAUCCUGCUGUGGAUGAGCCCACCUCUGUGCCUCCAUGCAAAGUACCAUCUAUAUCAAUGGUAACAACAUCUUCUGGUGCCCCCACCCUGAGCAAGUCUUACAGCUCGGUUGCAUCCAGCACUGCUGGACUGCCUCUCACUCUCAUCUGGACAACCGCCGUGGCUAUGUCUAGCUCCUCUGGAGCUAAUGCUCAAUCUGCAUCAACUCAGAUUGAUGCAAACAGUCCCUCUGUGGUCACUGCUAUGCAACAGUGA